GAGCACAGGAUGGGUAUCUAUCUUCUUCUGUUAAUUGUAGGGUUUUGCUGGGCACAGUACAACCCUAAUACUGUCUCUGGGAGGACGUCUAUUGUACAUCUCUUUGAAUGGCGCUGGGCAGAUAUUGCUCUUGAGUGUGAACGCUAUUUAGCUCCUAAUGGAUUUGGAGGAGUUCAGAUUUCACCUCCAAAUGAAAAUGUUAUCAUUACUGACCCCUGGCAGCCAUGGUGGGAAAGAUACCAGCCCGUCAGCUACAAGCUGUGCACACGAUCUGGAAAUGAAACUGAAUUUAGAGAUAUGGUGACCAGGUGCAACAAUGUUGGAGUACAUAUUUAUGUGGAUGCAGUAAUCAACCAUAUGUGCGGAGCUAAUGCUGGUGCUGGUGAUCAUACUACUUGUGGAAGCUAUUUCAAUUCGAAAACUAAAGAUUUUCCAGCUGUGCCAUAUUCUGGCUGGGACUUUAAUGAUGGUAAAUGUAAAUCUAGAAGUGGAGACAUUGAGAAUUAUCAUGAUAUAUCUCAGGUCCGAGACUGCCGCUUGGUUAGCCUUCUUGAUCUGGCCCUGGAGAAGGACUAUGUACGCUCAAAAGUUGCUGAGUACCUGAACUAUCUCAUUGAUACUGGUGUAGCAGGCUUCCGGAUUGAUGCUGCCAAGCAUAUGUGGCCUGGGGAUGUGAAGGCGAUUUUAGACAGGUUGGAAGAUCUAAAUACUACAUGGUUUUCUGCAGGAACUAAACCUUUCAUUUACCAGGAGGUAAUUGACUUGGGCGGAGAGCCGAUCAAAGGCAGUGAGUACUUUGGAAAUGGCCGAGUAACAGAAUUCAAGUACGGUGCAAAACUGGGGACAGUGAUCCGCAAGUGGAACGGAGAAAAGAUGGCCUACUUAAAGAACUGGGGAGAAGGCUGGGGCUUUAUGCCUUCCGAUAGAGCCCUGGUCUUCGUGGAUAAUCACGAUAACCAGCGGGGGCACGGCGCCGGUGGAGCUUCCAUUCUAACCUUCUGGGACCCCAGGCUUUAUAAAAUGGCAGUUGGUUUCAUGCUUGCUCAUCCAUAUGGGUUCACGCGUGUGAUGUCAAGUUUUCGCUGGCCAAGAUAUUUUGUAAAUGGACGGGACGUCAAUGACUGGAUUGGACCACCAAGUAACUCGGAUGGAUCAACAAAGCCUGUUACAAUCAAUGCAGACACCACCUGUGGCAACGACUGGGUUUGUGAGCAUCGCUGGCGCCAAAUAAAGAACAUGGUUAUCUUCCGUAAUGUGGUGGACGGUCAGCCUUUCUCCAACUGGUGGGACAACGGCAGCAAUCAAGUAGCUUUUGGCCGUGGUAGUAAAGGCUUCAUCAUUUUCAAUAAUGAUGACUGGUCUUUGAAUGUAACUCUGCAGACGGGUCUCCCUGCUGGCACUUACUGCGAUGUCAUUUCUGGGCAAAAGAAAGGUGACUACUGUACCGCAGUUGAAGUUCAUGUUGCUGCCGAUGGCAUGGCUAAUUUCCUGAUUAGUAACGAGCAUGAAGACCCAUUCAUUGCAAUUCAUGUUGAUGCCAAAUUGUAACCAGAUCUGUUGUGCACGUGUUGUUUCUUCUCUUCUGUAUUUUUGCUAAUAGCAUACAAAGUGUUCUGAUGGUGUCAGCACUCCAGCACUGAAUGCACUGUGACAGAGCAAAGUGUAUUAGCUUAUAUUAAUGAAAUACCGAGUAGCUGCUCUACAGAGACAAGAGUAGUGGUGCUAGUGCAGAUCUGGAAGAGGCGGUAUAUGCCUGUUUACCUUUGUAAUUGCACUUUAUUCAGUUGAAGUACUAAUAAAAAAUGAAAGGAGAAAAUUGAAAUUACUUAAUUUUAAAUUGUGCUGCUCCGUGCGUAAGUGGAAAUGUAGUUCUCCUUAUGGUGAAGCUGGACUGGGAAUUAACAGCAUGUCCAAAAAUCAAGAGAAGACACCUUUGGGCUGAAACAUGACGCAAUUCAAGUUAAUGCCAAGUUAUA